AUGUUUUACAAAAAGCACGGAUUGGAAUUUGCUGAAUGGUAUCAUGGAUUGCUGUCACGUAAAGAUAUAAAUAUUCUGCUUUCCAAACACGGUCAAUUUUUGGUUCGUGAAACAGAAAUCAAAAAAGGAGAAAGACGUCAACUUGUGCUAUCGGUAAAAUGGAAUGAUAGGGUAAUACAUUUCAUUAUCCGUCAAGCUGGUGGAAAAGUUUUUAUUGAAAAACGCCAAUUUCCUUCUAUCUAUGAACUGAUAAGAUUUCAUUUGAUUACCAAAGAUCCAAUAACCAAUCAAAGCGGUGCUGUACUUUUACAUGCCGUUCCACGACAGAGUUGGGAAGUUAGACAUGAACAGAUAGAAUUUGAUGGAUUAUUGGGAGAGGGCGCAAUAUCCGCCGUUUAUAGAGGUAUAUUUAAGAGUGAUGGAAAGGAAAAAGAGGUUGCGGUUAAAGUACGCAAAGGGAAUAGUUCAGAUCGGGAAACCGUGGAACAAAUUUGCCGGGAAGCGCGUAUAAUGCGUAAAUUGGAACAUCCAAAUGUUGUUCGUCUUUAUGGUAUUGCAAUCAGUAAGGAACCAAUAAUUCUAUUAAUGGAAUUGUUAAAAGAUGGAAGUUUGGAUGUUUUCCUGGUAACAAAAGGUUCAACGUUAGGCAUACGAGAAAAAUUAUAUUUUUGUCUGGAUAUUGCAUCGGGAUUAGAAUUCCUUCAUAAUAAUGGAAUCAUUCAUCGAGACAUAUCAGCAAGAAAUUGCCUGGUGGAAGAUAUGCGUGCCAAAAUUUCCGAUUUUAACCUAUCACGAGAAAUUAAGAAACAUGAUGAAAAGUACAGGAUGACGCGGUUGAAACAGAAUUUACCCAUAAGAUGGCUAGCACCGGAAACGAUAAAGAGCGCAAUAUAUACGACAAAAUCAGAUGUGUUCAGUUAUGGGAUAUUACUGUGGGAAGUGUUUACAAAUGGUGCGGAACCGUACUGCGGAAUGACGGUAGCUGAAGUUAUUGUUAAUGUGAAGGAAGGAUACCGAAUACCAUCGCCCGAUACAAUGCCUAAACAGUUGCAGGCUUUGCAACGAAAUUGCUUCACAACGGAAGCUUCAGAGCGAUGGUCGAUGGCACAAAUUCGAGGGGAUAUAGAAAUGAUUUGUUUACAAUUCCAGGAUUAA